GGGAGUAAAGAUAAUAAGCGCGAGUGCGGGGUGAUCGCGCUGAUGCCCGUGUGGGUGGUCGUGCUGGUGGUCGCGCGGGUGGUCGCGCUGACCAUCGUGUUGCUGGUCGUGCAGAUGGUCGUGCUGGAAGUCGUGCUAGUGAUUGUCCUGGUAGUCGUGCUGCUCGUCAUGCUGGUGUCAAUGGCGCUCCAGCCUGGGGCCUCGAGCAUCCCGUCCGGGGCUUCUGAAGGUGGUCACAUCGGGUCGAUGCUCUCCACGACUUGGGAUCUGAAAGAUUACCGCGAGUUCGACAGCCGCUUGAUCACGCUCGGGGAUACACCGCCAACUUUCAUCUGGGCGAGCGAAGGUGACAUGACUGUCCCUGUGGAGAACACCAAGAGGUACGUGGCCGCGCUGGUCUCAGCGGGUGUCAGCCACGAGGCCCACAUCUUCCCCAAUGGGAAGCACG